GCAGCUAUUCCGGUGUUUACCAGAUGCUCUUCUAUUGCUUCUGAUAUUGUAUUGUAUUCCUGCUAUCCUGAUACUGUAUUCUUACUACAGCAUAUCAUGGACUGUCUCCUUUAGACUGUCUGUCUGCCCAUCUCUGCUCUCUCCUCAAUGCUCAAACUAAACAAAUCCGGCCGCGAUCUGUCCUCUGGACUGACCCCGGAGGCAUUCGGCCUCGAGGACCUCGCGCGCUUUGGCAUCGCCGGCGGCAUCUCCGUCCUCGCCUUCGACCCCAUCCAGUCCCUCCUCGCGGCCGGAACCGACAACGGCCGCGUGUACGUCUUUGGCCAGCCCGGCGUCGAGGUCGAGUUUGAUCUCUGCCCCGGCCGCCCCAUCAUCCAUCUCCGGAUCAUCAAAGGCAUCUACCUCGUCACCGUCGACGGCAACAACAACGUCACCGUCCUCUCCCUCGAGUCCCGCGACGUGCUCUCGGUCUUCACCCCCUCCGCCCCCGUCACCGCCGUCGAAUCCGACCCGGCCCUCGACUGGAUGUGGCUCGGGCUCGACAACGGCCUCACCAUCGUCUACGACGUCGACCGCGGCGGAAAAACGCCCUACCGCAUCUCCAACCUCCAGCGCACGGCACUGCCCCGCGCGCCCGCCUCCCCCGUCGUCUUCCUCGCCAUCCACCCCCGCUCCUACCAGCUCAUGCUCGUCGGCUACGAGCGCUGCGCCGUCGUCUACUCCAUGGCCGACGACGACAUGCUUCUUGUGUUGCAGUACGAAGUCCCCGCCGGCGCCCCUGGCGGCGAUCUCCACGAGCUGCCGCAGCAGCGCUCGCGCUUCCCCCUGCUCACAUACGGCGCAUGGCAUCCGAACGGCCACCACAUCGUCACCGCCUACGACGACGGCUCCUUCGUCUUCUGGGACGCAAAGGAGGGAAAGCUUCUGCAAGCCCGCACCGUCGAAGACACAGACGUAAACAUCCCGCGCAAGACAAACCACAUCAUCCCCACAUCCCCCACCAGCCCGACCUACUCCUCCCGAAGCAACCAGAUCCCCGUGCGCGAGCCGAUCUACAGACUGGCCUGGUGCUGCACCACAAACCCCGAAGACACAUCUCUGAUCAUCGCCGGCGGCGAGUCCUCCGAGCUCCCGCUCCGGGGCAUGACAUACAUGGACUUUGGCCCCACCCCCGCCGUCAAAAUCACGUCCUACGCCGCCAUGGGCGAGCACUACGCCCAACCGCGCCGCCAGCGAAUCUACCCCGUCCCCCUCGGCGCCGACCCCGUCGACUUCAUCAUGCUCCCGCGCAUGUCGCCUUUCUACGCCGGCAACAUGGACCCGCUCGCCCUCGUCGCCAUCCUCUCCUCCGGCGAGCUCUACUCGAUCGAGUACCCCACCGGCGCCGCCCUCCCCGUCGCGCAGAUCUUCCCCCCUUCCCUAUGCUGGAUCCAACCCCGGAUGACGGCCGUCACCGUCUCCGCCGUCCGCCGCGAGCAAUGGGUCGGCAUGAUGGCCGCGCGCAAAAAGUCCUCGCUACCGCCCAUCAUCAUCGGCGGCGCGCCCGCGCGCUCGCGCCUGCGCCGCUUCGACAUGCGCAACAUCAUCGCCACCGGCCACUCGGACGGCUACGUCCGUCUCUGGGACGCCUCGCACGGCGAGAUCGAGGACAGCGUCGUGCUCGACAUGUCGAUCGCCGACGCCAUCGGCCGCUCGGUCGACGUCCGCGUGUCGCACAUCUCGUUCGCCGGCCAGAUGGGCGAGAUCUCGGCCGCGUGCGAAACCGGCGAGAUGGUGUACUUCAAGUACGGCCUCAAUCGGCCCGGAACGCCGGGCGAGACCGCGCGAAGGCUCGAGGCGCUGAAUAUUGGCUCGGACGGACGGCCGGCGAUGAUCCAGCAUGUGUCGGAUAGAGUGGAUCCGAGUGUGAAAGAGGGAUUCUUGCCUAUCUUUGUCUUGAAUCCCCAGCAGGGACCGAUCACCGCGAUCAAAAACAGUGAUAUCGGCUUCCUCGCGGUGGGAUACCAGUUUGGCUCGCUUGCGGUAGUCGAGCUCCGCAGCAUGACGCUCAUCUACCUCGAAACUCUAGCCAGCGCAACCGGAGACAUCAACGCAAGCAGCAACCACGGCAGCACAUCCAACAAGAAAUUCUCCGUGGAGAAAAUGGUCCGCAGCCCAUCAAUCAGCAGCAACAGCAGCGGCAACAGCAACAACCGCCGCUCAGCAACCGCAAGCGGCCUGCCCCCGAUCGAGGUCCCGACCGCGAUCGAGUUCUCGCUGAUGGCGCUCGAAGGCGAUUCGUAUUCCUCGAUCGUGCUCAGCGUCGGCACCUCGCUCGGCAGACUGCUCACGUUCCGCGUCAUUCCCCGGCGCCAAAGCGCCCCCGGAAACAGCGGCGGACAGCACGUCGUGCAGUUUGUGGGCGCGACGCAGCUCAAGAGCCGCGUGCUGGCGGUGAUCCCGUUCGAUACAGACUAUGGCGUGUCUGCGGUCGCGUCGCCGACGAUCCUCGGCAAACUCGCGCAGGGAAUCGUCAUCAACGGCGCGGUGGUGGCGGUCAUGGCGGACGAAGCGCGCGUGAUCCGGUUACCGAAGAAUAAGGUCUCGAGCAGGACCUUUGACGACAAGGUUCUUGUCGCGGGUCUGUCGCUGCUGCGCCAGGGCGACACGCUCGUGCUGACUUGCGUGACGGAGGCAGGAUACGUGCGGAUAUACGCGCUGCCGAGCUUGAAAGAACUCACGCACCUUUCCGCGCAGAAAUACUACGACGUGCGGUACGCGCAGCGCAGCCUGGUCUCGCUCAACGGCGACGUGCUGCUGGGGAUUGGCAAGAACGAGUCUGCGCUGUUCAAUAUCUGGGGGAAAGCGCUUGCGCCGAAACAGGUCGCGGGCAGCGGCAACGCGACCAAAGACGCGCUCUACGACGUCAUGAAAGUGCAGCCGCCCAGACCGACGAUCAGUAACCUGCAAUGGAUGUCGGGCGUGCGGUAUAUCUCUCCCGAAGACUUUGACCUGUUGAUCGGCGGUCCGCAUCGUCCCCGCUCGCAGCGGGAGAUGGAGGAAGAGCGUGCGCGGCGCGAACAGCAGCGGUUAGCGGCCACGCAGAAGAUAUACCACGCGCCCACUGCCUCGCAACCUAACCGCGUCGCUUCUUUCUUUACCGGAAACGCGAGCGGAAGCGGGGGCGCGGGCGGGUCGCGGUCGGUGGGGAGGGGAGGCGCGUAUGGGAAUAUGAGCGACGCGGUCGACGAGCGGGGGGAGGGGCUUGGAUAUGUGCAGUCGCAGUUUGCAAAGCUGGAGGAGGCAUCGAGUGAUUACGUUAAGAAUUUAUCUGAUUUCCUGAACGAGCAGAAAAAGAGCGCGGCGACGUCAUAUUUGAAAAGCAAGUUUUUCUGAGCUUGAGAGUCUCUCUCGUGAUGAUGAUAUAUAUCUGUGUUUUUCUUUUUGGCUAUGAAUGUUAUUGUUUUGUUUUGUUGAUGCUUGUGUUCAUUGUAGAUACG